CAGUUAGUAACAACUAGAAAACAACUAAAACCAGAUAGGUACUGUAUCCUCCACAGAUAUAUAAAACAACAUUGUUUUAUAUAUUUAUAGUAUCCCUUCCCACUUAAUUAAUAAUCAUCGAUAUCAUAGAUAAUGUAAGAAUAAUAGCUUAUCUAUCUCAAUGUCAAUAACUAAAAAAAUAUCAAUGUUUACUUUUCAUUUAUCACCAUGACCAAAUAGGGUUUAUUUAAUCAUGUUAAUCACUUUUCGAUAAAUUGUAUUUGCAUUUCAUACAUUUUUAAUUGCUUAAUAGGUACGCCUUAAUAAUAUUUCGAUAUUUUUUUUUUGGAAAAUUUGACGUAAACAAUAUUCAUGAUGAAACCGGGAUUAUAUAAUGAUCAAAAGUGUUCACAGCUAUUAGGCAAGGAUGAAAACGAUUCUGUAUUACAACUACUCGGCCCAAAAUGUCAAGUAAAUUUAUAACGUUUUUUUACUCUUAAUUUUAUUUUUAUAUAUCCAUACUAUUGAAAUUAUAUAAUUUGAUUUGGCUAUGCUUUUAACGUUUUUAGAGUUUAUCCAUGGCUGUCGUCCAGUUUUUUAGUACUGAUGGCCCAGAAGGUACUGAAUGGCGUCAAAAGAAUUUUGGCAUUCUUAGUUUUGUUAAAGAUCCAAAUAGAAAAUCAUAUUAUUUUCGAUUAUAUUGUCCUAUAAGACAUCAACUACUGUGGGAACAUGAAAUGUAUAAUGGAUUACAUUAUCAAACUCCUGCCAAAUUCUUUCAUUGUUUUGAAGCAGAGGUACAAUAAAUAAAUAAAUUCAAAUAUUUUUUAUUUAUUAUAAUCUAACACAUUAUAUGUCAUGUUUGUAUUGAAAAAUACAAAUUGUAUUUAUGAAUACUAUCUAUAUUUCAUACAUUUUAUUUAGGAGUGCAUUGUUGGAUUCAAUUAUGCAAGUGAAGAAGAAGCAACAAUGUUUGAAGAAACUAUAGUUAAUUUACAAAGAAGAAGACGAGAGAAAAGAUUAGGUAACAUAGCCCUAUUUAUAAAUGUUUUUUAAUUUUAGAAAUAUUUACAUUAUUUAUAAAAAUGUGCAUAACAUAUUGAUGUUCAAUUGAUAUUGAAUUUUCUUUUUUUUUUAAUUGAAUUUCAUUAAAAAUACUUGUUUAUUUAUCUUUAUGAUCUAUAAGAUCUUAUAUUUGAAUUAAUAUUUUUCAAAAUAUUAUUAGUAUUAUAUUUAUAUAGUUACAAUAAAAUACAGAAAAUAGAGUUUUUUUUUUUAUUAAUUUAUGACAAAAUUUAAAAGGUAAUAAUAUUGGUCAGUUAGUAAAUUCAAUAUUUCAAAAUAUUUGUCAUACAGGGCCACUUAUAGUGGGAGUGGAGGGAGCAAUAGUGACAACCACUUUAGUCAGUACAUUUACUAUAGAGUUGGUGUAGUAUAAUAAGUAAUUAAUAAGGUAACAGAAGUGUUUAAUAUACUUUGUACAAUUGUUCUUAAUAUAAUUAAGAGUUAAAAAAUUAAAAUGAAAGUUACUUUUUUAAAGUGAUCAUAAAACAAAGUAGCGAACUCUUAAAAUUAAUCACACGUUGUGCAAAAUUUCUUAAUAUGAUACUGGUGAUAUAACAAAUUGAUUUAAAAAUAUUCAAUAAUAAUAUAUAAAAUUCUUAUUGAAAAUAUUGAAAGUUUGAGUUAAAGCAAUAAACUGUUAUUAAAUAUAUCACUUUUUUUUUUUAAGUUUUUAUUAUUAUGUUAUUGCAAUUUUGAUGCUAUGUGAAUAAUUAUUAUAUUUAAUAAAGGAUGAAGUAUAUAAUCAACAUAUUUGAAAAAAAAUUAUACAUACAUAUAUAUCUUUGUAAUAUAAUGCUGGGUACACUAUGUUCAAAAGAAAAAAAUAAUUUUAACAGAGAUAAAAUACUGUUAAUAUCUGUAAUAAUAAUAUUCUUUUUUUUUUGAUUUCUUUUAUGGAGAUUAAGCAAUUUAAAAGAAUAAUUACAUUUUUACAUUUUAAAAAUAGCCAUUUUAUAUAAGAUAAUAAUUUAUAAAUUUUAAUGUAUAAAAAACAUUUAUAUCAGAUCAAUGGGUUUUUAGUAUUUAGUUAUAGCUGUUUUAAUUUCUAACACAAUAAAUAAUUUUUAUUAGUUACAGAAUAAAAAGAAACCCGUUUAUUGUAAUAAUACAAUUAAAUACUGACUGAAUGUUAACUGAUAACUGUCAGGUGACAGUUUGUAUAGAUGUGUGUGUAUUAUAUGUGUAUGUAGAUUAAAAUUUUGAGAAAAAUAUCUAUUACAAAUUUUAUUUUAUUUAAUUAUUUUAAAUUAAGUUAUUUUCUUCUGUGAUUAAAAAUUGAUAAUAAAAAAUGUAUUUUCUAAAAAUAUUUACUCUGAAAGAAAAUAUAAUUGAAAACGAAACAUUUAUUAUUAACAGGGAUAUAAAAUACGUCAAACAGAGUAGUACACUCUGUAUAUGAUUCAAUCUCAUAAUUAUAAUUUAUUGUUGUUAUUAUUAUUUAGAACAAAGAUCUAAGUUGCAAAAUAAUCAAAAUAAUGUUUCGCAAACUUCUGUACCUAAUAGUUCAUAUGGACCACCUCUUCAAAUUAAUGGUAGGUAUUUGUUAUUAAAUAAUAACAAUAAUGAUGAUUUUAUAAUCUUUUUUAAUAUUCUUGCAGGUAAAAUUCAUAAAAAUAAAGGCAAAACUUCUAAAAACAAGAAGUAUACUAAAGACCAAAUUGGUUUACCCGAAAAUUUCAGACAUGUGCAACAUAUUGGUUGGGAUCCAGAUAGAGGAUUUGAUUUAGGUCAAAUAAAAGAUCCACAGUUAAAUAAAUUUUUUGCAAAGGUAUGGUAUAUAUUCUGUACAGAUCUAUUAAUACAGAAAGUCAUUAUAUUUUUCAUAAAAAAUUCAAUUUAAAUGUUGGUGUUUAGGUAUUAAAUUUAAAUGUUUGAUAGUUUAAUCUUUUUGUUUGUGGAUACUAUGCUUAAAUGAUUAUGUUUUUAUUUUAAAUUAUUUGUGGUUGAAUGCAUUUUUUAAUAGGCUGGAGUUUCAGAAAGCCAACUACGAAAUCCUCAGACUCGUGAUUUUAUUUAUGAUUUUAUUGAUAAACAUGGUGGUAUGGAUGCUAUUAAAGAAGCUGUUCAGGACUCUCCAGUUCCUCCUCCCUUGCCAACUAGGUUUCGCCAAGCUCCACCUCCUCCACCCCUUACAAGUAACAUACCACCUGUUAGAAGUCCAGCACCACCACCACCACGGCAGAACAAUGUGACUAUUCCAGUUAAAAAACAAGGUAAUGUGUACAUAUAAAAUUAAAUUUUCUAUUAUUAUUUUGUUGGCAUUAUACCACUGGAAAGUAAAACACAGGAAUGUGAGAUUCCGGAUUGUAAAACAUUGAAGUGUAAAAUAACAGACCCUAAUAAUUUUUAACGUAAAAACUCCCCCCAAAAAAUAAAAUAUAAACAAUGGUUUCUUAAAAUAGUUUUGUUGUAUAAGUAUCAUUUUUGCACAAUUGCCAUUUACCAGUUAUUUAUAUCAGUGCCUUGAUAAAAGAUGAUAAACAUGUCAAAGUCACUAUUUAUUAGAUAAUAUUGUGGUAGAAUGGUAGAAACGCAGAGUUUGGUUAAAUAAACUUGUCUAUUCAUUUUAAUCACAGUUAUUACGUAUUAUGGUCUUCAGUUUAAGGCAAUGUUGAAUCUAAUUUCAACAAAAUCCAAACCUUUAUAUUGCCAUUAGCAAAAUCACUAACGCCCUUCCUAUGUUGCUAAUCUAACUUUUCAUACAGACCUAAUAAUUAAAACUGCAUAAUAAAACAGUAGUGUUUUAUAAAAGAUUCUACUCUUAAUUUGUCUUCCCCUUUCAACAUCCUUAAACUUAGCCACAUCCACAAUUUCUGGUGCCCCCAGACUACUAAAAAGAAAUUGAUGUUUUAAUAAUUAAAAUAUAUAAAAUUUCAAAAUGAAUGUGCAUGCACAUUCAUUUAUCAUAUACCUAUUUUUAUUUUGCCAAAAAAAUAGAUAGUAUACUUCAUUAAAAAAAAAAAAAAUUGAAUACUAUAAUAUAUACUUCUAGAUGAUUUUUUCAUUCCACCGCCACCACCACCACUAAUGAAUGUAACAGCACCACCUCCUCCACCGCCACAAAUAGAAUUAUCAAAAAUAAAUAAACCAGUUGAAACUGUACCAGAUACAAGAUCUGCACUUUUAGAAGCUAUCAGAUCCGGUACUACAUUGAAGGUAUAAUGUACUAUAUUAUUUUUGUGAAAUAAUUUGAAUUAUUAAAAAUUUAAUUUGUCCUAUAGCAUGUCAAUACUUCAAAUCCUGUAAAAGAUUCUAAUUCUACUUUACCAAGUUCAAGAAGUAACUUACUUGAUCAGAUAAGACAAGGCGUAGAAUUGAAAUCGGUAUUAUAUUAUUUUAUAAUUAUGAUAAAAAUAAAAAAUAAUGUAUAAUUGUAUUUUAUAGGUUCAACCAAUUCAAAAGAAGAGUGUAAAUAACUUAGAAGGUGAUGGUUUAGCUGGAGCAUUAGCUAGAGCUUUAGCUGAUCGAGCUAGAGUUAUCCACAGUGACAGUAGUACUAGUGAUUCUAGUGAAGAUGAUGAUGAUGAUUGGGAUGAUUAAUUCUUCAUGCUUAUGCUAAACUUUAACUAUUUUAAUUUAUAUUUAUUGUUAUAAUAUAUUUUAUUUAAUUGAUAAUUUAUAACUAAAUAUUUUAUUUACCAUGCAUUUCAAUAAUUGCAUUUAUAUUUUAUUGUUAUU